CUCCGACGAUUAGAGCGUGCGCCACUCGGCCUCGCCUUUUGCGCUCGGACAGCCUUCAAGAGGUCGCGCCUUCCUCUCAUGUACGCGACGACUGUAGUAGGUCAUACUCGGCCGCUCGCUCAUCGACCCCAAGAUCGGGAGUCAUAAACAGUGUCAUCGCGAGUCAUCUCGGCUUUCAUAUGCUCCGCCGCGGCGCGUGCCCUGCCGAUGACUCUUCCGUGCCGCUGACCCCUCCUGAGAAGACGAAGGAGACCCGGCGCCAGCGCUGGUGCACGCGCUGCCUCGAGGCGCACGCGUGGCUCGUCCAGCCUGUACACGCGUCGACGCUGGGCAUGUUUCGGCUGCUCUUUGGCGUGGUGAUGGUGAUGCAGGCAGGGCACUUUGCAGACAUGUACGAGGAGUUUGUGCAGGCCAAGCUGCUGCUGCCCUACCCCGGCCUCUACUGGCUGCCACCCAUCGGGCCGGCCGCCGGCGAGGCGAUGCUCAAACUCAACAUGGUGUCUGCGUACCUCGUGUCGCUGGGCGUGUGCACGCGCGCGUCGACGGUGGUGCUGUGCGCCACCUUCUGCUACCUCUUCCUCCAGUGCGAGUCAAACCACAACAACCACUACAUCCUCAUCUGCCACGCCACCUUCUUUGGCUCGCUCUCCGACUGGGGGCGUUGGGCGUCUGUCGACCAGCUGGUCUCGAACUGGCGCCGCCGUCCCUCGUCGCGCGCGGCCGUCGACGAGCCCGCGACGCUGCCGUACUGGCACCUGCUCGGCUUCCAGAUCCUCUUCUCGAUUCCGUACAGCUACGGCGCGGUCGCAAAGGGGUCGGUGCACGCGCGCUACCUCCCCUUCGGGGUUGGCGACACGUGGUGGUGGCCGUGGUUCAUCGCGUGGGGAGGCUUCGCCUUUGACGCCGGCAUCGAGGGGCGCGGUGUUGCGCGUCGGUUGAGAGGGAGGCAGCUGCGGCUGCUGCUCUGCUUUUGCGGCUACUUUGGCUGGCACCUUGUCUGGCCGUUGCGCCACUUUGUGCUGUACGCGCCGGGCGUGUCGUGGCACGAGGAGGGCCACCUGCACGCGUGGCACAUGAAGCUGCGCUCCAAGGGCGGCUGGGCGGUGCUCGAGGCGGCGGGCGGGCGGACCACCCUUUACACGCCGACCUCCGACCGGCACCUCACCUACGGGCAGGUCAAGAAGGCCAUCGACCGACCGCACGCCUUUCUGCUCUGGACCACCGGCUUGGCGCGCUUGCACAUGAUGGCGGGGCGCAACCUGACGGCGCUCCACCCGCGCUCGUGCUUCUCGCUCAACUCUCGGCCGGCGGCGCCCCUCUACGCGCCCCCGACUGCGAACCUGCUCGACUUCUUGGGCGGCUACGAGCUCGUGCCGCCGUUUGGGCCGUCCGCGGUUGGCAGGUGGCUCACGAGCUUGCCGCCCUCGAGUGGCGAAGACCAGUGCGAGCACCAUUUGCCGUACCGCGCCGACCUCAUGCGCAAAAACAUGGACGAGCUCCACACCGCCGCCGGGCUGAGCUUCCGUAGCGACGGCGGCGGAGGCCGCCGCUCCGAUUGGAAGCUGUUUGCGCCGAACGGCCAGUUCGCCUACACGCAGAAGCUGCACCUCGUGGACGACGCGCUCGCAGAUUACCUGCGGCGCUCCCGAGGCGUCCACGGGGAGGGACGAACAUAGCGCGCCGGUUGCUGGAGAGGGGCGGACAUUGGGCCGCGCUCUUUUCUACUUUGCUCCCCGACCCGGCGCUGGCCGAGCUGCAAUAGGUAGAUGUGCGACGUGGCACAACCGUCCCACGCAAGGAGUCAGGAGUUAGCCUGUCAGGCGUAGAAGCGCCACCGCCGCGCGUGGGGUUUACGCAAGAGGCGCAAGAGGGUCAUACUCGGCGUUCCUGAGCUAGGGUGGACCCGCACGUUGUGCCUCUCUAAUAUUAUUGGCCAAAGUACAGGUUUCGA